GCCGGAGGAUGUGUGACCUUUACCAAUUAGGCAGAAGUCAAAGAGAUCGGUGCAUCUCUAGUCCUUACCCCCUCCCUUCGCCCCCUUUCAUCGGGCUGGGUUUCUUUUAACAGGUAUGAUGAUGUCAAAUGUGAUGCUGAUGCUUCAGUGACUUAAGCCAGCCUCUUUUGGCGCAGACUCCGUAAUCCUCCCGGUGGCUCCAGGCAGCGCUGGGUUUCAGAGAAGUGCAUCUCCUAAUCAGGUCACAUUUCCAGGCAUCCCUCUCUCCUCAAGCCAGGAGAUCCGAGAAGGGAGAAGACAAAUCAUUGCUUUGCGGCAAGCGAGGGCAGAACCACAUCAAAAGAUGAGAGCCCCAGGCUGUUGUCUGUUGCCGCUGCUGCUGGCCAUCGCUUUGGCGGAAGGGGACGGCAAGGCGGGGAAAGAAGGCGAGAAUCCCGGCAAUUUUAUGGAGGACGAGCAAUGGCUGUCUUCCAUCUCCCAAUACAGCGGCAAGAUCAAACACUGGAACCGCUUCCGAGACGAUGACUACAUCAAGAGCUGGGAGGAUAAUCAGCCAGUUGAUGAAGGUGUGGACACCACCAAGGAUCCCUGCCAGAAAGUGAAAUGCAGCCGGCACAAGGUGUGCAUUGCCCAGGGUUACCAGCGGGCCAUGUGUAUUAGUCGCAAAAAGCUGGAACACCGAAUCAAACAGCCUGCCCUGAAACUCCAUGGAAACAAGGAGAGCUUGUGCAAGCCUUGUCACAUGACCCAGCUCGCAUCUGUCUGUGGCUCUGAUGGACACACUUACAGCUCAGUGUGUAAACUGGAGCAGCAAGCCUGCCUGACCAGCAAACAGCUGACUGUCAAGUGUGAGGGGCAGUGUCCCUGUGCAAGUGAGCAUAGCCCAACCUCAGCCACAGACAUCAAACAAGAAACCUGUACCGGGCAGGAUUUGGCAGACUUGGGGGAUCGGCUGCGUGACUGGUUCCAGCUCCUGCACGAGAAUGCCAAGCAGAACAGCUCUGGGACCGCAGGGACCAAUCCAGUGAAUGUGCUGGACAAAAGCCUGGUGGCCGGUUGCAAAGAUUCCAUUGGCUGGAUGUUUUCCAAGCUGGACACCAACAGUGACCUUUUCCUGGACCAGACAGAGCUGGCAGCGAUCAACCUGGACAAGUAUGAGAUUUGCAUCCGGCCUUUUUUCAACUCCUGCGACACCUACAAGGAUGGACGCGUCUCCACUGCAGAGUGGUGCUUCUGCUUCUGGAGAGAAAGUGCGUCGCCACAAGAGCCUCCCUGUCUUGCGGAGCUGGAGAGGAUACAGAUCCAGGAAGCAGCCAAAAAGAAAGCCGGUGUCUUCAUUCCCAGCUGUGAUGAGGAUGGGUACUACCGGAAGAUGCAGUGCGACCCGAGCAGUGGGGAAUGUUGGUGUGUUGACCACAUUGGCAUGGAACUAACAGGAACACGCAUGCACGGGAAUCCAGAUUGUGAUGAUAUAGUUGGAUUCUCGGGGGACUUUGGGAGUGGCGUUGGAUGGGAAGACGAGGAAGAGAAAGAGACGGAGGAAGCUGGUGAGGAGGCUGAAGAAGAGGAGGGCGAGGCUGGAGAGGCAGAUGAUGGCGGCUACAUCUGGUAGAAGCCACUGAGAGCACCUUUUGGUCAGGAUGCUGGCUGGAGGGCUGGGAGACGGCAGUCAAAACCCGAAGGAGAGGAACAGCUUAACAAGAUGAUCAGGACACAUAGUUGAAUGGAACUAAUUAUGGCAAAACAUGUUGUGUGAGUGUGCGCGUGUAUGUGUGUGUGCCUGCCUGGGUGAGUCCAUUCUCAUUACACGGUCAUGGGGAUGAUCUGUCCCCCCCCCAGCUUAGCAGAGAUCAAAGCUGUAUCAAAACAAAAUGGGGGGGAGGGAAAUACUCUGCACUGUAAGUUCAGGUAGUCUUUUUUCUAAAAGUGAUUUAAUUUGAUGUUUAAACUGUCUAUGUCACAUUUCAGCUUCUAGCUAGACUCCCAGCGUGUGAGAAAUCCAUUUACCUGACUCCUUCAUCUCUCUAGCUAUGGGACCUAGCAAUAUGUUCCAAUAAUUGAUGUGCUGUUAGAUGUAUACACCCCUGGUGCGCAAGAUCGCCACUGGCAUUUUGCAGUCACACACCCUGCAAAGAGCCAGGCAAUCUCCCAAGUGUUCCUGAGUCUUCAUUGCCACAGAGAAGGUAUGAUCACCUGGACUUGACUGACAGGUCAGGGCUUAAGAGCAGCCCCUCUUCCUUUGAGCAAACAUUAGAUCAAGUAUCUUAGCAGGCAAGGACAGGUAGAAUUUUGGUGGUUCCAAACAUAGGCCAGCAGUUAGCACGUUAAGGAUUUCUCAGAGGCCUGGAGGGUCCUGUUUUCCUAGAACAUUCCCCAUGGAAUGCUAGGCAUCCUAGUACAGAGUUAAUAACGGACUUGUGAUCCCAGGUUUGUGCCCACUGAUUGGAGGAGUCCAAGGAAGGCCUUUACACACUUGUCUCCAAUUUAUCUCUGGUUACUUUUUCUUUAACUAAUGCUUGCCAGCUGGGGGGGCUGUAGAAUGAAGGGCUUCCUUUUGGCUUCUCAAUGCCCUGAUAGAGUGACAGAGGAGUUCUGACAUAGAAAUGACUGAGAACACUUUUUUUUUUAAAGGUGAGGGACUGCUGAUUGUCGAUGGCAAAUUUGUGGGGCAGAUAGGGUAACUGAAGAGGAAAGGCAGCCCUAGCUAGGAAUGAAGCCCCCAUGGCAAAACAAAAAAGGCAGCCAUCAUCCAUCAGCAGAGAAACAGCCACCCCAGUAGCCUUGCUUUUGAAUGAUUCCAAAUUGUCCUGUGGUGUUGCUGUUGGCUGUUUUGUUUUCAGGUAGAGAUACUUGGCAAAACAGUCGCUCUCCUUCUGCAUUCUUUUUCCAAGUCAGAGGAACUGUCUGCUUUUCGCCUGGAUAGGGUUCAGCUAAGUAGCGCGGCAAAUUUGAAUUCUCUUGUGAAGAGACAAUUUCCCCUCUUCUUCUGCAUUUAGAUCCACUCAGUGCUUUGUGUGUGGGGGUGUUCUGCAAGUGUGGGAUGCUGUGUGUUGCAAACCUGUAGGCAUGGCAGCCAUGGGUUGCCCUUGUGUGGCAUAAACAAAUGGUGGGUGCUUGGAGGUGUGUGGGGGGUGUGGGAAUACAUAUAUGUGCGUGGCGAAUGAGGGAUAGCUGGCUUGGCUUACAUUGAGCAUUCCAGGGCUUAUGCAAAACUGAGCGUCCAGUAGAGCCGUUUAGGCUUGAUGUGCUGCUGCAUAUCCUUCAAAUAGACAAAAAUAAUAAUUGUGGGAUUUUAAGCGAGCGAAACCUCCCUGUAAGCCCAGCCACGUGCUUGCAGUGGUACCGUAACAGAGGACACGUAAUGUAGCCCAGCUGUGAUAAUAAACGAGCCUUGCUGUAUUGGACUCUCUUACCUGCCUUCUUGCCUAGGCUUUAUCCUUUCAAUUUGUCUCUUUCUGUAUACACCCACAUGGGGCUUCAUGCACACACCCUUUAUUCAGCUAUUUCUUCUCCUUUUCCGCAGAGAGAAUAAUAGAUUAUGAUCAGCAAUUCUUCCUACACUUCCUCCUUAAGGAUUGUAUUUCUGUAUUCUCCCACCCUUCUCUUUCUGCUGCUAAGAGUCCAUUUGCAUCCUAUUUAUAUGUGCUCAUGGCUUUUGUUUUUGGGAGCCCCUCUUUGAGAUCUCUUCCCUUCUUUGUCGUUGCCUCUGGGGCCUUCCCCUUCUGUCCCCACCAUGAUGCCUGUGUGUCUGGGACUGGGUUUGGAUUUCCCAGUUAUGCAUGUUUAAUAACCUGUAAAUACAUCUUUUGAAUGGAAGAAGCAAAUGUUGCAGACUCCACUGUGCAAGGCAGCAUCCCCAAAUUAAUGCAAAGGAAAAGAAUGACCAAUCACUUCGUCAGGAGGGGCUGGCACCCUUGGAGCUGCCCUCCCAGUAUCAGCAUCGUUGUUGCUUACCUGGAUGGCACAGGGGUGGCAGCAAAGUCAGUGCUGUGGGACCCAUACUGGUUCCAUUGGCAUGCCUGCCAGCAGUGUAGUGGCAAAUUCAGAAGUGCAGGGCCCCUUCGUGAUAGUCACAGCCAGGCCACGACCCCUUUUUUUUGCUGCAGAGUUGAAAAUGAAAUCCUUGUUAAUGUCUUCUCCCACAGCAACAGACAUCCCUAGCAGCCAAUAAGCAUGAAAGGGGAGCAGAGUGUUCUCAGUGGCUGACACACCUCCUGAUUGGCUCCAAUCAGCAAGAAAGGACAAGGAGGCAUAUUAGAAGACUCUUCAUAGUGGCUAACACUCCCCUUUCAUGAUGAUUAGUUCAUAGGAUACUAAGGACACUGGGAUCCUGCUCCCAAAAAAGUAAGGGAUCUAAGACUGCCUGAGACCUCAGAUGACUAUACCCCUGGUGCCUGCACAGCCCCAACCCCACUGCCUCCUUGACCUGCACUGUCCACGUAAGCAGCACCAACGAGGCCUCUCCACUCCGGCCACUCUUGCAUUGGGUAAAACUGGAAAACGAUUUUUGUGUGUGUUGACUGUGUUAAUAACAAGGCUUAUGGCUUAUGAUUGCUUGUCCUUCCUAUGGCUUUGACCUUUGACAGCUUUGCGACUCGAGACAAACAAUAGAUUUUUCAGAGGGUUGAAGAUGGCAUGGCAGACAAAGUGUGGCCCAUUGUGUUAAUGCUGAUCCCACUGUUGUCUCUGUUUACAGGGUUUGUAGGUUUUUGUCAUCAAAAACUGGUCAGAACUCAAACUGCUCGUAUCGAUAGUGGUGGGAUGAAAGGGAUGAGCCUGAGCGCUGUGGGAAAUGAUCACUGAGCCAUGCCACUUUCAACUCUUUCAAAAAAGGAUUUUCAAACUCCAGUUUGUCUGUCUCUGCCCAAUUUUGAAACAAAAGCUUGUUUGAAAGGCAGCAGUGGAGUAAAGACAUGUGUUCACCAUUGCCAGAAAAACCUCUCUCAAAUCUUUGAGGAGAGUUGAAAAGUAAAUUGAGAGACCUUUCUCCCGAUGAUGAAUGCAUAUGUCUUUUGCCUAUUCUCUGCCUCCAGCCUUAAGUUUUUGUUGUUGUUUUUUAAAAGCCCAUUUAUUUUAAUGCAUUUUCAUCUGAUUCGUAUGACCCUGUGAAACCUUUUCUGACUUCGGUGGUAGCCAAAGUGGAAGGUAUUUCAUCCCAAAUGAUAUCCAUAGAAGAAGCUCUUGGCACCUCAGUAGGGUUUGCUAUGACGAGUGGACUUGAGUGCAUAAUUAAAGGCCACCUGUCUCUCCUUGGGUUGCCAACUCCUUUCCUAAUAGAGAUCAGAGAAAUUCUACAGGAGCAAACUUCCUGAUCACUGGAGCUUCAUGACUGGAAAAAAGAUGCUUUAUCUGUAGCACUUCUCCUGUUAGGCAGCUGUCCAAAACCGAGAGAGCAACACUUAGUAUUGAAUCAGAGUUAAUCAAAGUUCAAUCCCUGAAACUUUUUUGCUAGGGCAUGUAUGGGUUAAUUCUUUAAAAGUCCAGAGAACUUCCGAACAUGUGUAGAGUGUUUUGUGCCCUUUGCCAGUGAGUAGGUAGGUCUCUUGUGUAUUGGAUUUCAUGGUAGUUCUUUCAAGAUAAGGGGCUGACUUUUGAAGCAGGCUUGAAUCUCGGGACCUUCUUUUUCUAGAAAUGACCCUCGCAUAGGGCCCUUGGUGGGGAAAGGAGAUGGCAACCCUCACCUUCACUCAGACUUAAUUAAAAUUGAUCAAAUUAACCCAGCUUUUCAAAAUCUUGCUCUUUUCCUCUAAGUCAUUCUGAAUUUGUACAGAAGGAAGCAACAGCACACUCUCACACAAGCUCUGCCUUUUCAUGGCUUUCCUUUCCAGAGCACAUUCACCCCAUCAAUGCAGAGUUUUUCAAUGAGAGCAGGCACUGUCUAACCAGCCUGGGAAUUCAACACACAGAUGACUUAAAAGAAAUAAAAUAAGAGUCUCUUCCCCAAGGGAACAAGCUAGGAUGUCAUCACCAUAUCAAGCAGCAGUUCCAGAAGUGGAACUUCAUAUAUCAGGCAGCCCUGGCACCUCCACCUGUUUUGACUUCUCUGGCCUAGCAGAGAGAUAGGAGAGGAAGCAUCUUAUCAUACCAUUAGUAUCCAGCAGAUAAGAAGAAAUCUGAUUUCUGGAAUAGCAGAUGGCACUGCCAUUAAAUAAGUGUGUAAAAAAACAAGAAGGGGAAAAAGCUCAUUCUAAAGGCUAGGCAAUGGAUGAUUUGCGUUUGCAUACAUUUAAGUGAGCAUUGUGCAAAUAGGAAACAGCAAGCCUGUUUAAGCACAUACCAUUUCCUUUGCUUCAAUCGACUGGCCAGUAUGGUAGCCCUAAUAACAGAUGAUGCUCUUCUUUGUUGCUUGUCUGUUUCAUCCAUUUUUAGGUUUACCCCAAAGAUGUUUACAUUUUGGUGCGCGCUUAUACGUGUGAAUGUAGCACGGUGUUUGUAACAUGUUUUCAGUCAACGUGUAUCAUCCAGGUACUCUUGUUAAGGAACUGGGAUUGGCAGCAGCUCCCUGUUGGGUGUACCCUCAGUAGCAAACCCAGAUUUGCCUUUGCAUGAGAUGUGACAUGGUCCUCAGGAUCUGAUCUUAAUAGUUUUUAGUCAGUGCCCUCCUCUUUCUAUUCUUGUGGGCUUUGAGAAUGAAGCUUGCCUGAUCCUAUCCUCCGGCCUUUCCCAGGUGGCAUAUGGAAGAACAAAGCAAUUGCUCACUCAGACCUUAGGUGGGUGAGGAAUUGGCCUUCCAUUGGUACACCUUACUGGCUGAUAAGCAGAGCACAAAUGAAUAUAUGUGGUAGAACUGUUAUAUAUCACAUGUGCAAUGAUUUAUUUCCCUUGGUCUGCAUCGAUUCUGGAUGCUAGAGAGGAAGGAAAUGGGCCAUCCUUCCUCUCCAGAGGGCAUUUGGAAAGGAUGAAGAUCAAGGGAAGGAAAUCCUUGCAUGUAUUAAGAUUGCCAUUAAUCAUCAUGAGUACUCUUUCCUCCAAAGGUUCUCAUGUUCAGAAGUGACGUGAAUUCAUUUUAAAGCAGGGAGCAGAGACGGCAGUUCUUGAACCUUUUUCUCAAAAGUUGACCACUGACUGUUGGGAUUUCCUCCCCCUGCUCUAAUGCUUUCACCAACUCCAUUGCAAAUGUUGUGUAGAGCAGGUGGCUUGAGAAAUGCAACCUAAGGUUGCUGUUCUCAAAGCAUGCCUCAGAAACAAGUUCAGUUGAAAAUGACUGUCACAUGUCCCUCAGUCCAGCACGAGUUAUGUGCAACAGCCAGAAGAGUGGGCUGGGGGUGCGCAUCCCAAUUGGUACCAAAAAGUGAAACCUGCAAGUCCAGUGAGUUCCAGAUGAGCAUUGAGAUGUGGAUCAAACACACAUCCAGAUCUGCAUCCGCAUUGGCUGUAGUGUGGGUAAGCCUGCUUCUGUACAUAGAAUUUCCCUACAGUAUUAAGACAAUUGUGUUUGGCACUGGAAAGUUAGGCUCACAAAUAGGCUGCCUUUUAAAUCUGCCCCAUACACAAACACAUGCAUGCCUCUUCUUCCCCUUGGCAUCAAGAUCUCAAAUAGAUCAUUUCUACACACUUUUAUCACAAGCCACCAAGUCUCACCACUCUAAACAAAUGAAAGUGGAGCUGUCUGUUCCAAUCUAUUUAUUAACCCCUUCUCUCUCCUCUGUACUGGAUCUCAGCUCAGUGUUGAUAGAAAGACUAUGUAUAUUAAAAACCAAUGGUAGAUAAGUAUUUUUAAAGUGUUGAAAUAAGUUAUUUGAUUUUUUAAAAACAACAACAUUAUAUGCUUAAUAAACCAGAACUGAGAGAGAAACUUGCUUAUAGCCUGAAAACAUAUUUAAAAGUCUUAUGUGCAAUAAUAACUUUUGAACUUUAUAGGUAAACAUCGUGUUCAAGUGCUUCUAUUUCAGUUUGUAUAUUUAAGUGCUGCAAUUGUAUCUCAGUAAUUCUAGAUGUUUUUAAAAAACCAAGCGUUAGAAUGUAUGUGUGCGUAUGACGGGCGCUAGACACCACAGGUACAGGCCUACCAAAGUUCAUAGCCUUUGAAUCCUAUUGC